AUGCACCACUACCAUUUCAAUUGGCACGACUAUGGUGGUACGGUGUCGAAAAUCAACUUCAAAGAAAACAAAAUUUAUCAGUGCGCUGCAUUCAAGAAAGAUAUGGUACGCCAUUCCACCGUUGUUCGCCGCUUUGUGUCCGACUAUAUUUCUAUCAAAGGGCAGGAACGUCCUGGACGCCCAUUAACCCUCAAGAUGAUGAUACGCAGCGCUUUGAUCUCAAACCCGAACAUAACCGCUCGGGUUUUGGCAACGGCACUCAGAUGCAGCAAAGCAACCGUCAGCAAUCGCCUUGCCUCUCUUCGUUUCCGCAAAAUUGUGUCUUGCGAAUUCCGUGAAACGGACCGGGCCGUCGUGUCAGAAUUUCUGAGCCAUUGCUUCUUCGUCCGCACAGGAAGGAUUUGUUGGUGGAAUUGUGAUGGUAUGCGCUACUACAAAUUUCUGGAAAGUGGCACUACUGUGAGAGUGAACAUGUACUCCAAUCAACUGCAGAAGGUGACCGAUACAAUCCUUCACAACUAUCCAAAACAACUUCAAAACUAUCUUCUGCACGACAACUCUCCCUCAAGUGGCAACAGAAGCUAG